AUGAGGCAUAUCAGUUCCAUUGGGUCUAAACUAGGAAAUUUCAGGAAUGGAAAUUAUUUUUACGCAGCUAGAGCGCUCGCGUACUGUAGAAUUAUUAUAAUGAUAGCUUACACACGCAUACCCUACUCGGAAAAAAUAAAAUUAUUGCAAGCGCCAAAAUUGAAUCGUGAGGUAUCGGCCGCUAUAGCUGAGGCAGCCAGGCAACGGGACAAGAAGAAGGAGACUGCGCAGCAGCAAUUAGGGAUUGGCAUAUCGGCUAUUAAUAAGGCUUUGACAUCGAUGCUAACCUCGGAUAAUAAAGUAGAAGCCAUUAAAAUAUUAAGCGAUGGAUGCCGAAUACUUACUGACCUUCACUUUCAAGAGACGCAGGCGCGUAUUAGUGUUAUUAAUUACUCUCUCGCGAAACCAUUCCUUAAUGUUGUCCAAGACAGCGAAAGAGAUGACACGUUGUACGGGAAUAAGUUGGGUGAAAAAAUAAAGGCCUCAAAAACUAUUGAAAAACAAGGCCUUUCUAUCAAAAAAUUUGUAAAGACUUCUAAAAGUACGUCUAAUACAGAACACCCAACACCAGUUCUGCGCUCGCAUUACCAGACCAAACAAACUGGCUCAUACCAGGGAAACUGGACCGGGUCUUCGCGCUACCAUCAGAACAGGGGGGGGCGCCGAGGACCAAGCAGGACGAUUGCCCCUGUGACACGCCGGUUUCAAGCGCAACAAUCGUCGAGCACAGCGGUCACGAGCAAAUCGAAAACAACCGCAACUCGUCAGUGAACCAGAAAUCACCUUACCCUGGGUGCCGCGAUUCUCUCAGGCAAGCGUUCUCCUCGCGGGGUGCUCCAGACUCGACCCUAGAUCUCAUGUUAGCAUCAUUGGCCAAGAAUACUAUGCGACAAUAUAAUGUUUCAUUUAAGCUCUGGUGGCAAUAUUGCAAUGACAAUAGUCUAGAUGUCUUUGAUUGCUAUGUGCCGACAGUUUUAUCUUUCUUAAGUUCGCAGUAUUAUAAAGGAGCCUCAUAUGGAUCCUUAAAUAAUCACAGAUCAGCAUUAUCACUUUUACUAGGUAGUAAUAUUGGAUCUGAUGACCGUAUUAAAAGACUCCUUAAAGGAGCAUUUAAAUUAAGACCUAGCUUUCCUAAAUACUCUAAUACAUGGGAUCCGCAAGUAGUUCUAAGUUAUAUUUCCGAAUGGUAUCCCAAUAAAGAACUCAGCCGAGAAAAAAUUACAAAAAAAAAAACUAGAGAUCUUAUUAGCUUUAUGCACGGCACAGCGAGUUCAAACCAUGUCUCUUAUAAAGCUAGAAAAUAUUACCAUUACUUCGACAGGAGUUAACAUAGAAAUCAAAGACAUGUUGAAGACAUCCGCUCCAGGCAGAGAACAACCAUGUUUAUUUCUACCUUUUUUUUCAUGAAAAUCCACGCAUUUGUCCUGCCACAGUUCUUCAAGAUUACAUUCUCGUUACAAAACAAGACCGACCUGCUAAUAUACCUCAUCUCUUAAUAACUGU